AUGUUCCAUUUUGUCUCAUUCGUGACACUGUCCUUGGUCCUGUCAGGCUAUGCUCAAAGUCCUACUUAUUCGGCAACUUAUUUGCCUUCAAACGCUCCCUAUCAAAGCGAGCAGGGGCAGACAGGCUACAACAACUGCACUACAGGCUACAAUCAGACGUCGGAGUGCCAGAAUGCUUAUGUCAACAGUGUUCAGGACUGGUGUAUCUGGGGACCUCCUCAGCCAGGCCCUGACUCGGUCAUCGGGAACACCGAGCAAAUCGAAGUAGCAUGGUGCAUGAAGAGCGGGUACGGAACACGACUGAUCCCGGACGGCUCCAUCACUGGUGCGCACGUCGUGGUUACUCCAGACUAUAUUCAGGUCACAGGCGUUGGCAAUCUUACAAACAUCAACAUUCCUGCCGGCGACGGUGGCGGCGAACUUGACCCCCACGGUGCAAAUGGAAACGGCAACCCUAUCGGCGGCCUCGUGUUCUCUAGUGCAUUCGGCGCGUUGGAGGAAAUUCACGAGUGGACGAAUUUUGUGUCGGCUGAUAUGUUCUGCUUCCGCGCUUGCAAGCCCGCGGUAAAUGCGCCGACAAUGUGUCAGCACAUCUAUGACGUCAUGGGGUGUUAUUGGAAUAUGCCCGCUAACUAUUCUCCUGGGGUGUUUGAACAGUGCUUGGGUGACUCGGCUGAGCCUAUGGGUGUCUAUGGGACGUCCACGUUUUAUCAAGGGGAGCCUGUUACACCAUCUGCGCAUCCCAUACCUUCUUCUUCCAGUUGCUCUUUUUAUAGUACGAUCAGUAACGGUCAGGGCGUUCUGAUCGGAGGUGUCACAUCCACAGCCAGCACGUCAGCAUCAACAGCGACUGGUGCCUUCAAAUCUGGAUCGUCUUCAUCGGGCGCGCCAAAUUCGACGGGUUCUUCAGCUGCUCUACCGACGGCGCCUCCUGUAGGCUAUCAACGCCUGGCUAUCAUCGUUUCGACGAUUGUGAUAGGGUUCUCUAUGGGUGUCAUUGUGACUUUUUAA